UGGAGUAGAGAAUCCUAAUGUCCUGAGACUUUUGAGAGGGGUGUCAUUGAAGUAGUUUUAUCAUAGGAAUUCCUUACUGUUUUCAAAGUUCCUGACAUGACAUUUGGGGGUUUUACUGUACUUAUAGUAUUACAUGGUGUCUUCAAAAUUUUGUAUAAUUUGAUGCAAGUAUUUGUCUCAAGAAGUCCUACUUCUUGAAUAGAAAGGUUAGCCUCAUAGUACCAAUGUGUGCAAGGUAAUAUAGCUGGUAACCUGGGAAUAACAGGACAUAAACAGUCUUAGUGAUUAAGGACAAUAGAUGUUCUUAAAGCAAGAUAUGUUAACUAGUGUGAUUUACAAAAUAAUUAAAGGAGUCCUUCUGACACUGAACUAACAGAUCAACUCCAGUUAUACAAACUUUAUACAGAUUGCUUUGUGUAAUUUUAUAUAAAGGCAGGGAUUUUGUCCUAGAAGUAUGUAUGAAAUACCUGACAUUAGAAGCCUAUUAAAAGUUUGAAAAUUUUUUGAACACAGAAGAAAGGCAGACAAUCCAUAUGUCAUUUGGGGGCAGGGUUUAGUAGUAUAGAUUUUCUUCUAAUUAUACUGCUUGAGAUGCUGAAAUGAAAUGAGCUCAAGUGAAUUGAGAGGUAAACACACUUUGAAAGUGUGUCUAAAAAAUGGUGAUAAAUCUUGUUCACCACCCCCAGAAAUGUAAAAACAAAAAACAAUGCACAGAGUAGGCAGCACAUUUUCAAUGACUUCUAUAGAGAAUGAUAACCAAGAAUCAGAAUACAUUUCUUGCACAAAAUUGUUGAUUUUGAAGAAUGUGUUUGAAAGGGCAUAAGUACUUCAUGUCAUUGUACUACCUCUAAUCAGACUUUACAAGAAUAUGAAUGGCUUGAUGCAGAGAUUAGAGCUAAGGUAUACAGACUCACUGCUGUUUGGAGAAGAAAAGGUCAGUCAAAAAUGCAUUUUUUGAAAAUAAGUUGGGGAGAUAAUUAGAUAUAUACAACUUUUGAACUGAGGCAUAAUUGUACUAUAUGAAAUAAUGACUGAACUCCUCUACAAAGAUUCCUAAGUGUUGAGCAGUAGUUAAUGUAGGUGUGUGUGGAGGGUUAAGAAGGGUAAACCAUAGGAUUAGUUGGAAAUUUUGAGACAAAAUCUAAGCUCUACCAAAUUCUUCUAUCAUAAACUCUGCUGUUAGAGGAGAUUUUGUUAAAUAGGAAAGCAGUCCUGGGAGCAUUGUUUUGAGGUCCGUCCUGUUUUCAACUGCAAGCUUUGGUCUCAGCUGUUCUGCAGUGCCUUGCAUAUAAAGGUGCUCGAUAAAUAUUUGAAUUGAUGAGCAAAUGUUUACUCUAGCCAGUUAGUUUUCCAGGAUCUUAUACUUGCACCUUUUUCAUGUUAAACUAAGGGUGAAUUUUAAAAUCUGAUCUAAUGAGCAUAACAGAAAAUUGUGUACUUCUAGAGAUCUAGAAUUUUAGAAUCUGACAACUAUGUAUGUAUACAUACUUGGGACACACACAAGCAGAAUAAAGUGAAGUAGUGUAUAGAGGGUGAAAUACAAGAGUCAACUUCACUCUGGAAGGUGGGAUGGCACAGAUUUAACUUGUACAAGAGGGAAUAAUGCUUCCAUUCACACUGGACCUGGGACUUAUUUUCUGAGGAGUUCAUGAGGCAUAACAGCCUAUAGCCUGUUUCCAUAUUGGCACUUCAAAGGCUGCAUGGUACCUAAACAAUGGAGAUUGGACUAAAUUGUGAAGAAUUAAAAAUAUGUGGUUUUUGCCUUAGACUGGAAGUAAUGAUAUUCUAGAAUUAAGAAAUUUGAUUACACUGUUCUCAGUUGUUUUUCACCUAGAUAUCUGAGACAAUGAAAGCAGGAGCUUGGAUUUGCCUAUGGAGCUUCAGCUUCAAAUGAGAGUAAUUUGGGGAACAUUUUCUCUAAGUGCAUAAACCAGGAUAGCUGUGGACAGGAAAUUACCAUUGACAUUCUAUAAACCCACUUGCCUGGCCAUUAUUGGUUUAGGUAAGUUAGAAAACAAUUGGUGAACACAAAAAUAAUUUGGAGAUUUAGGGACAACUUGAGAUGGCAGUUGCUGGGGAAUGUAGUACACAAGUAAGGACACCAGGUGGCACCGUUUCUAUUAGCUCCUACCCCCAUAGAGAGGAAAGUCAGACUGGCAAGUUGAAGGCAUCAACCCCCUAUUUCAUACUGGUAAGGCUAAUGACACUUGUCUCCCUCCUCCAGAUUUGGGAAAUGUGACCGUUUCAUUUUGUAUUUCAUUACAUCUGCAGUGCAUGGUUGAAGGGAAGGAAUAUGCCUCUGAUAGCUAUUGACAGUUGUCUAGGUAACCAAAAAUUACAGAUGUCAUUUUUAGUAUGUGGCUACAAUACACAACAAUACAUAGCUCUUUUGCCAUUUAGCUGUACAAGGCACACCCAGAACAAUGGGUUUAGGGGUUCUUUUUUGCUAUCAUGUCAUCUCCCCUGGUGGUUCACAGGGUCUGGAUUGGAUGAGACAUACUCCAGUGUACUAUUUCUCUGUACUAUUUCUCUGGGGCCCAAGUCUUUUGGCUUAGGCUAACCUUUUCGUAAGAGAACUGAGAUAGCAAAAAGGCAGAAAGUUUCCUAGAAAGUGGACUUUUGGCUGAGACACAUGAAAUAUGUAAAGGUGUGUGUGUGUUUGUCCCCACCACGAGCCAGAAAAAACUAUACGACUCAGUCAAGCGCCACCGGAUUGAUAGCGAUCUCCACAAAGUAAAGGUACUAUGGGAAAGGCUUCAUGAGUAAAUUUUGACAGGAACAAGGAAAAUGGAGCAAAGAAGUCCCGGUUUAACUGGAUCAAAGCACAGUGGGACACCAGAGGCUAAAGAAACCAUGAAACAUAUCCCGGAGCACAUUUACUUGUCUACCCUCCCCCACACUCCUGCAAUUCUUCAAGGCUAACAUCUCCCUCCUCUUCUGUCAUGGCCAAUUAGGUCGCCCAGUUCAAAACUGUAUUAGUGGUCGAAAUAAUUACUCAGGAGAGUCAUUAUUUACACGUAGGCCAACGUGCCAGGCAGGCGGCAAGCAGAAACUGUUCGAACCGCUUUAAACCCCAGCGCUUGGUGGGAGCAGAGCCUCACCGCUCUGCCUCAAUGUUGUAAUUCUGAGGUAGGAGUUUCAGUUUUGGUGCCUCCGGCCCAUGAAACGCCAACCAUAGCACCCUGGGGGCGUGGUUGCCGUCUAGUUGGGGCUCUGGGAAGGGCAGUCCUCCGGGGGACCAGGCCUGAUAAUACCAUAAAAGGCUCGGUUCUCCCAUUUCUGGAGCCGUGUUCUGUUGACCUUCCCCGAGGAGCGAUAUCCGCGACUACAUAGUGCGGAAUCCACGGUUCUCGAAUCCCGCGUCCGGCUUCCUAGGCCCUUUCAUUGGCUCCGCCCCCAUAAGGCUUACUCGGCCACUCUCGGAACGCUCUCCUGGGUAGAAUACAAGCCGCACCCCCUUCCCUCGGCUCCGCCUACCGAGCCCGUAGCGUGGCCCAGGCUGUAGUUCGCGUUUUGAGCCGCUCGUGCCACCAUAGCUGCUGCCACCGCUACCGCCGCGGAGCUGAAAUCGCCUAGCGCGAUGCCUGAGGGCGCCGUGCGCGGGGCAGUCCCCGAGCCCCAGGGCUGGUCAGUAAGAGGGCAUACUGGAAGGACCUGUGGAGUGGGAAGGCAGUGCCACUGGUGAGACAAGUCCCAAGACUGGGCCAGAAACUGUCCCCGAGCCUCCUCAUCAUGAUGGCCGUGGAAGGAUCAACCAUUACCAGCCGUAUCAAGAACCUGCUGCGAUCCCCAUCGAUCAAAUUACGCAGAAGUAAGGCAGGAAACCGGCGAGAGGACCUCAGCUCCAAGGUGACUUUGGAGAAGGUGCUUGGAAUAACAGUGUCUGGAGGCAGAGGACUUGCCUGUGACCCCCGAUCAGGUUUAGUUGCCUACCCAGCUGGGUGUGUGGUCGUGUUGUUCAAUCCCCGGAAACACAAACAGCACCACAUCCUCAAUAGUUCCAGGAAAACCAUCACUGCCCUUGCCUUCUCCCCUGAUGGCAAGUACUUGGUCACUGGCGAGAGUGGGCACAUGCCUGCCGUGCGGGUUUAUGAUGUGGCUGAGCAUAGCCAGGUGGCAGAGCUGCAGGAGCACAAGUAUGGUGUGGCUUGUGUGGCCUUCUCCCCUAGUGCCAAGUACAUUGUCUCUGUGGGCUACCAGCAUGACAUGAUCGUCAACGUCUGGGCCUGGAAGAAAAACAUUGUGGUGGCUUCCAAUAAGGUGUCCAGUCGGGUGACAGCAGUGUCCUUCUCUGAAGAUUGCAGCUACUUUGUCACUGCGGGCAACCGGCACAUUAAAUUCUGGUACCUCGAUGACAGUAAGACCUCAAAGGUGAAUGCCACUGUGCCCCUGCUGGGCCGUUCAGGGCUGUUGGGGGAGCUUCGGAACAACCUGUUCACUGAUGUGGCCUGUGGCCGUGGGAAGAAGGCCACCAGUACCUUCUGCAUCACGUCCUCGGGGCUGCUGUGCGAGUUCAGUGAGCGGAGGCUUCUGGAUAAGUGGGUGGAGCUGAGAACCACUGUGGCCCACUGCAUCUCUGUGAGCCAAGACUACAUCUUCUGUGGCUGUGCUGAUGGCACUGUGCGCCUCUUCAAUCCCUCUAACCUGCACUUCCUCAGCACCCUGCCCCAGCCCCAUGCCCUGGGGACAGACAUUGCCAGUGUCACUGAGGCCAGUCACCUCUUCUCUGGAGUGGCCAAUGCCAGGUAUCCAGACACCAUUGCCUUGACCUUUGAUCCUACUAAUCAUUGGCUGUCUUGUGUAUACAACGACCACAGCAUUUAUGUUUGGGAUGUGAGGGACCCCAAGAAAGUGGGCAAGGUGUACUCAGCCCUGUAUCAUUCCUCCUGCGUCUGGAGUGUGGAGGUCUACCCUGAAGUGAAGGACAGUAACCAGGCUUGCCUGCCCCCUAGUUCGUUUAUCACCUGUUCUUCAGACAAUACCAUCCGCCUGUGGAACACAGAGAACUCCGGCAUAUAUGUUUCCACCUUGCACCGAAACAUCCUCAGCAAUGACCUCAUUAAAAUCAUCUAUGUGGAUGGAAACACUCAGGCCCUGCUAGACACUGAGCUUCCUGGAGGAGACAAAGCCGAUGGGUCUCUGAUGGAUCCCCGUGUGGGCAUCCGCUCUGUGUGUAUCAGCCCCAAUGGACAGCACCUAGCCUCAGGGGACCGUAUGGGCACACUCAGGGUGCAUGAGCUGAGGUCUCUGAGUGAGAUGCUCAAGGUGGAGGCCCAUGACUCAGAAAUUCUGUGCUUGGAAUACUCGAAGCCAGACACAGGUCUGAAGCUGCUGGCAUCGGCGAGCCGGGACCGGCUGAUCCAUGUGCUGGACGCCGGACGGGAGUACAGUCUCCAGCAGACACUGGAUGAGCACUCAUCCUCCAUCACUGCUGUCAAAUUUGCAGCCAGUGAUGGGCAAGUCCGCAUGAUCAGCUGUGGAGCAGACAAGAGCAUCUACUUCCGCACUGCACAGAAGUCUGGAGAUGGAGUACAGUUUACACGGACACACCACGUGGUACGGAAGACAACCCUUUAUGACAUGGAUGUGGAGCCCAGCUGGAAGUACACGGCCAUUGGCUGCCAGGACCGAAAUAUUCGGAUCUUUAACAUAAACAGUGGAAAGCAGAAAAAGCUGUUUAAAGGGUCACAGGGUGAUGAUGGCACUCUGAUUAAGGUGCAGACAGACCCCUCAGGAAUCUACAUUGCCACCAGCUGUUCUGACAAGAACCUCUCCAUUUUUGACUUCUCCUCAGGCGAGUGUGUGGCCACCAUGUUUGGCCACUCAGAGAUUGUCACUGGCAUGAAAUUCAGCAAUGACUGCAAACAUCUUAUCUCCGUAUCAGGGGACAGCUGCAUAUUUGUGUGGCGCCUGAGCUCUGAGAUGACCAUCAGAAUGAGACAGCGUCUGGCUGAGCUGCGCCAGCAUCAGCGAGGGGGCAAGCAACAAGGACCACCUUCUCCUCAAAGGUCGGCUGGACCCAGCUGGCAUGAGGCUCCGUCGAUGCUGUCUCCUGGACCAGCUCUCUCAUCAGACAGUGACAAGGAGGGAGAGGAUGAGGGCACUGAAGAAGAAGAACUUCCAGCUCUACCCAUUCUUGCCAAGGGAACCAAGAAAGGGUCAGCCUUAGUGCCCAGCCCUGCCCUGCCCCGAAGCCUGUCUCACUGGGAGAUGAGCCAGACACAGCAGAUGGUGGAGUUCCUGGACCACACUCCUGUGGGCAACCAAGGACCCAGAAGAAGGGGGCGCUGGGCUCAGCCAGGUGCAGAGCUGAGUGUUCGCUCCAUGCUAGACCUGCGGCAGCUGGAGACACUGGCUCCGAGCCUUCGGGGCCCUAGCUGGAACUCGCUGGCCAUGUCCCCAUCUGGCCCUGGGAGGCAUGGUCAGCAGGCCCCUGAGACCUCACAUGCUAGCCAGAAUGAAAAGUCCCCUCAGCCUCAGGCUUCCCAACCCUGUUCCUGCCCCCACAUUAUCCAACUGUUGUCCCAAGAGGAAGGGGUCUUUGCCCAAGACCUGGAGGCUGCACCUAUUGAAGAUGGUAUUGUCUACCCAGAGCCAAGUGACAGCCCCACCCUGGAUACCAGUGGCUUCCAGGUGCAGGCUCCAGCCCGAGGGACCCUGGGAAGAGUGUACCCAGGUGGCAGGGGCUCAGAGAAGCACAGUCCUGACAGUGCCUGCUCUGUGGAUUACAGCAGCAGCCGCCUUUCCAGCCCUGAGCAUCCCAAUGAAGACUCUGAGAGCACGGAGCCCCUGAGUGUGGAUGGCAUUUCCUCAGACCUUGAAGAGCCAGCUGAGGGUGAUGAGGAAGAGGAAGAGGAGGCAGGCACUGCCCACUAUGGGCUGCAGGAUGGCAGCCCUCAUACCCCAGACCAGGAGCAGUUUCUGAAACAGCACUUUGAGACUCUGGCCAAUGGGGCUGCUCCAGGGGGCCCAGUGCGGGUGCCAGAGAGGACAGAGUCUCGGAGCAUUUCUUCACGAUUCCUAUCACAAGUGCAGACCCCCCCACUCAGGGAACUGUCCCCAUCUUCCUCAAGCCUGCCACUGACGUCGAGACCAGCCCAGAUGCUGCAGGCAUCUGACGAGGCCCCUCCAUCAGGCCCAUUGCUCUUACGGGAAAUGGAGGCCCAGGAGUGUCUGCGCUCCCUGUCUCAGGCUGAUGGCCGUCUGUCUCGGCCCCACUCCUACCAGAACCCCACCGCUAGUUCCAUGGCCAAGAUAUCCCGCAGCAUCUCUGUUGGGGAGAACUUGGGCCUGGUGGCUGAACCUCAGGCUCCUACCCCCAUUCGAGUCUCACCACUCAGCAAGCUGGCCCUGCCCAGCCGGGCUCACCUGGUCCUGGACAUCCCAAAGCCACUGCCUGAUCGUCCUUCUCUAGCCACAUUCUCACCUGUAAUCAAAGGCCGGGCCCCUGGUGAGGCAGAACAACCUGGCACCCUGGCAGGCCUAGGAAAGACUCAUAGUACACCGGAAAGGCGGGCUUGUUUGGGGGAGGGUAUCCCUCUCAAGCCAAGGACAGAAUGCCAGGCUCAGCCUGGGCCCAAUGGACCCAGUGCCCAGCGACUGCCAGUCAACAGCCUCCUCCAAGGCCCUGAGAACUUGCAACCCCUACUUCCUGAGAAGACUCCCAGCCCCAUGGGCUGCACCAGGCCAGGGGCAGCCCUGAGCCAGGACUCAGAGCCAGUGGUGAACCUGGAGCAGUGUGAACAACUUGUAGCAGAGCUCCAGGCCAGUGUGCGCCAGGCUGUGGGGCUUUACCACUUGGUGGCCAGCUGCAAGACACCCUCAGCAGAGCAAAGUCGCAUCACCCAGCUCCUCAGAAACACCUUCUCUUCCGUGCGGCAGGAGCUAGAAGCCCUCGCUGGGGCAGUAAUGUGCAGCCCAGGAGGGAGCCCUGGGGCCGUGGGGGCUGAGCAAACGCAGGCCCUACUGGAGCAAUACUCAGAGCUGCUGCUUCGAGCCGUGGAGCGGCGCAUGGAACGCAGACUCUGAGUUCCGGAAGCCUGUCCUAAGUGAAUGCUCCCUUUACUCCAAACUGUAAUCCCUCUUCCACUCUUCCAAAACCUGUGGGGAUGCUGAGUGGAUAGCAGGGAUCGAUGUUCAGAGGGGAAGCGGCUUGCCCAGCUGCUCCUCAUGGGGCCCCUGUAUUUAUUAAUUUAUUUCCCUGA